CUGGCAUCCAUUCCUUCCAACUUGACUCAUUGCUUGCCCAUUGCGUGGCCGUAGCGAGACAGCGAGAGUGAGAGAGUGAGUGAGUGAGAUGAGGGUGGCCGGCGGCAUCACCGGCGAUCUUUCAUGUCCUCCAUCAUGGAAGAACUCAUCAGAAACAUUCGACGAAGCCGAUCCUCGAACUCCGGCGCCAGCGACGGCGGUUGGGAGAAAGAAGACGGCGGUGAUGGGCGUUCGAGCAUGGCUAGCCGUGAACUCUACUGGGGAAGCGCGAAUGGUGGAGGCUGGAAAGCAGGCGAUCAUGAGGCGCACGGGGCUUCCGGCUCGGGAUCUCCGCAUCCUGGAUCCCCAGCUCUCCUACCCCUCCACCAUCCUCGGCCGCGAGCGAGCCAUCGUCAUCAAUCUAGAACACAUCAAAGCCGUCAUCACCGCACACGAGAUCCUCAUUCUUAAUUCCACGGAUCCAACCGUUUCACCCUUCGUCCACCAGCUACAGCGCCGCCUCACUCUCCGGCAGGUCCGCCAGAUGGAAGGUGAUGGAGGUGGGAGUGGUGAUGGGAGCCAUUCUUAUGAUCUGCAAGAGAUCAGAACGAGUAGGAGCCCUCCUGAGAACUCUGGGAAUCUGGAUUACUCCGAGGAAGAUGAUGACCUGUCUGAAAUGGUUCAAAAGGGCAAAUUGAAGGAGGCAGGAGAUUUUUCAAAUUCCAACGGUCCUAAAGUUCUUCCUUUUGAGUUCAUUGCAUUAGAAGCUUGUCUUGAAGCUGCUUGCAGUUGCUUAGAAAUCGAGGCAAAAACUUUAGAGAAAGAAGCUUACCCGGCUCUGGAUAAACUAACCUCUAAAAUUAGUACUCUCAAUUUGGAGCAUGUUCGUCAGAUCAAAAGCCGUUUGGUGGCAAUUACAGGACGUGUUCAAAAGGUCAGAGAUGAGCUUGAACACUUACUGGAUGAUGAUGAGGAUAUGGCUGAAAUGUAUUUGACAAACAAGCUUUUGCAGCAACAACAAUCAAAUGGAUCUCCUCAGUCUUCUCAAAUGGAUCAAUCUAGCAGUUUCAAUGGUGCAAGGAUUCCUGCUGAAACUUCGUCGGACGAAAAUGAUAUCGAAUAUCACAGCAACUAUGUAAUUUCUGGUUCCAGUUUGGUCUUUGGGGAUGGACAUGAAAGCCAUACCUUCAGCACGAGAACUAGCUUCAAACAUCUCGAUGUGGAAGAGCUUGAGAUGCUCUUGGAAGCUUAUUUUGUACAGAUCGACAGCACAUUAAACAAACUAUCCACGCUGAGGGAAUAUGUCGACGACACCGAGGACUACAUAAACAUAAUGCUUGAUGAUAAGCAGAACCAUCUAUUGCAGAUGGGAGUGGUCCUGACCACCGCCACCUUGAUCGUGAGCGCCUUUGUCGUUCUGGUCGCUAUUUUCGGCAUGAACAUCAAAGUUGAUCUGUUUGAUGAGAAUAAGGCCGGCACGACGGAGUUUGUGUGGACGGUGGGCGGCGGUGCGGCGGGGAGCUUGCUGCUAUAUGUGGUUGCCGUUUCAUGGUGUAAGCACAAGGGGAUACUUGACUGAGCAGCAGUUGUGUUAUUGGCAUGGUAAGGUCUGUCUGUCUCUUGUUGUUGUAAAUGGUGGGGCUGUAAAAAAAUGAUAGUUUAUUUUUUGAUGAUUGAAUUGUGUUAUUUUUUUUUUCAUUUUGCAACUAUGUACUGAGUGGAAUGUUAUUGAAGAAAUAAAGAGAAUGGCUGAUUUUUAUCUGGUAA